UCUCCCAAGAAAAAAAAAAACCUCUUCAGCAAAACUCACCAAACUGAGCAUGUGCAGAGUGUCUCCACACAAUAUGUCUUAUCAGGAGAUAAGAGGGGGCACUGAAAGAAGGGGAGGAUCAGAGAAGUCAGGAUCAAAAAGCGUUUUUUCACAAUGCAGAGGAUAAACUCCUUAGGUUCCACAGUGAGUAUAACAAACACACUUUACUGCCAGGGGCGAACUGACAACUUAUGGGGCCCCCGGGCAAUAGGGGAUCAUGAGGCCCCUGUGUCCUUGCCCAAACUCAAAAAAGCCUAU